AUGCAUCGCAUUCGAGCCAGGCUCGCCUCAUCGGAUGGAAAUGAUAACAAACGGUAUAGCUUGAUAUUUGCUCCUCAUGCGCGUCGCAGCGAACACGUUCCCCGUCCCUCGCCGUCGUCUUCUCAACUAGACCGACGUGUAUCCGACUCCGGUCCUCGCCCCAAUGUGGAAGAUGACACAGUAGUGGAUGGCGAGAAGGUAGAAAGACCAAGUAUAUACGAUCGUGAUAACUCCAACCAUGGGAGUGGUAUAACCGGCUUCUCGGUGGCUAGUACCUCGGAGACUAGUGCAUCCAUGAAAAGAAACAGAUUCAGCAUGUUACGCUUCCGCCAUGCCUCUGAUCCUCAGCUUUCUGUCACAUACUCUCAGAGCGAGAAAGAUGUGCCGCCAAUGCCUCAGAUUCCUCCACCGCCGACAAUAAUAACAACGGCGCCAACUAAUUCCAAUCUGGAAAAAUCCGCACGCAAAAGCCGGCUUCGAAAUCCGCUCUCCAGGAAAUCAUCCCGAGAAGUCGUAAAGAUGGGCAACGCCAGCGGGCCUGGUCUUGCAAAGACGCCGCUUUCACAAACCCUGGGCCACACCCGCCUUAGCCACGAAGAACCCGGUCGUCUUUCUACUUCCACAUACCAAAGCGGAACUACAAACAAUCCGUCAGAGCAAGACAUGCGCUUUUCUGAAUCAUCUCGGUCUGAUCAGGGCUCAAUUGACAGGAAUCCGGUGAAGGGCGAUGCUCCACAUCCUAUCAAAAAACUCCAUAUGCCACGCCUAAUGAAAAGUCGAGCAAACCUCUUCCCUCUUCCGGUCAAACUUCCUCCACCGGGCGCUGGCAAUUCACACAGCGGUCGAACCUCCCCUAUUUCGAAUGGCGGCCACAGUGAAAGGACUUCGAUGGACCCAACUACCCCUGACGGAGCAGACGGCGACCAAAUAUCACCGCUACCCUCUCCUACACAAUCCUCUGUUAAACUAGCCUCACCGAAGCCUUCCAACCAAAAUCCUCUCCUACGCAAGGACUCGACAACGUCUGCCCGCUCUGGACAUUCGGCGUCAUCGGCCAAGGCUCGCUUGGGAAGGCGUGGACGGUCGUCGACCUUGAACUCGUUUAUUGAGGCCUCUCGCAAUGGAGAGGAUCUCAAUAAUUCUUCAUCUAAUCUACCAUCAGGUCGAAACUCAAUUUCUACAAACGGACGAAAGAGCUUCGGGGAUUUGUUUGGUUUGGGCAACAGAUUACGGCAGAACUCAGAGUUUUCAAGCCAGCGGGACGGUCGUAGCAGCCCUCGCGCUCCUGGAACCCCUACUUCGGUAACCAAAAACGGCUCUGCAUCGGCCUCACGGACCGCAGUCAUAGCUCCAGACCGAGAAGAAGAUGAUACUCCUGCAACGUAUCUUACCAAACUUCAAGAGUCCGUCCCGAAAGGAUCAAUUGGCAUAAUAUUGUCCAAAUCCGACGACGAUUUCUAUAAAGUUGCGUUACGGAAGUUUAUGCGAACUUUUGCUUUCUUCGGUGAACCGAUUGAUAUGGCGAUUCGCAAACUGCUGAUGGAAGCGGAACUGCCAAAGGAAACUCAACAGAUUGAUAGAUUUUUGCAAGGGUUUGCGGAUCGUUACUAUGAGUGCAACCCUGGCGUUUUUGCUACCACAGAUCAAACAUACUUCAUAGCGUUUUCCAUUCUGAUCCUACACACGGACGUGUUCAACAAAAACAACAAACGAAAGAUGCAGAAACAGGAUUAUGUAAGGAACUCACGCAUCGAUGGGGUCUCUGAAGAAAUUCUCGAGUGCUUCUACGAAAACAUCGCCUAUACACCUUUCAUUCAUGUCGAAGAUGAGUUAAAUCUCAGUACUCGCCAGAUUCCAAAAAGAAAAGGCCUUCUCAAAGUGGCGAGCUCCGAUCACCUAGCAAGAACGUCAAGCCAGCCUGUUGAUCCGUAUGCGGUUAUACUGGAUGGAAAACUAGACACACUACGCCCCGGCUUAAAAGAGGUGAUGAAUAUCGAUGACCCUUAUAGUUUCCCGGAUUCAGAAGGAUUCAAAGAUAUUGAGCCCUUACAUCAAGCUUUCUUCAGGUCCGCUGUUCUGCAGAUUGUUUCGGCACGAUCUCGACCGGAUGCGUUCAUGACUUCAACCAAUAUGGAAGACAUGGCUGAUUCGCAUCCUGGCUUGGUCGACAUAAAAGUCGUGAAAGUGGGUCUACUAUGGCGUAAAGAUCCGAGAAAGAAGAGGGCUCGCUCCCCGUGGCAAGAAUGGGGUGCCCUUUUGACUUCAUCUCAGCUGUACUUCUUCCGUGAUCUGUAUUGGACAAAAUCUCUCAUGUCGCAGUAUGAGAACCAACGCAAACGCGGAUCUCGGCUGCCGGUGGUGUUUACACCCCCUGUUACCGAUUUCAAGCCGGAUACGAUAAUGUCAACGUCAGAUGCAGUCGGCCUGAUUGAUUCAAGCUAUAAGAAGCACAAACACGCCUUUCUUUUAGUCCGUCACAACGGCUUAGAAGAGGUAUUUCUUGCCAAUUCUGAUGCCGACAUGAACGACUGGUUGGCCAAAUUGAAUUAUGCGGCAACAUUCAGGACAACGGGUGUACCUUUGAAAUCGACCGUCGGGGCACGGUACGAAGGUCAGAAGCAUCAGAAUAUGGCUCSUAUGGAUUCCACUCGUUCGGUGUCAUCACAGUUGCAAAGCGAUGGAACUGCUCCUGAGACCAAAGACUACGUUGACGUGCGCCUUGCCGAGGAGAUGUCUGCCGCACGCGAGCAGUUAAUGUCUCGAAGAAUUGCUGAGCAGGAUGAAAAAUUGACGGGCUACCAGAACCAACUCGACGACCUUCUUAGAAAUGCUAGACACCUUCAGCUGCUAACUCCUGUCAAUACCAGAGCACGAGAAAAUGUCAUCCUGGCCGCUGGUCGCAUAGCUGCCAAACUUCGCUGGGUUCGAUUAGAUAUGUGGCGAACCAGAUGCUACAAUCAUUUUCUUUCAAUGGAUUUGGGUAUAGAUCAAAAGUCGUCUGAUGCACAAAAACGAUCGUCACUCACCACUGUCAAGCCGGUAUCCCCUGGACUGAAUACAUCACUGGCUCGGCUCAAUUCUACUCAUUCUCUACUUACAGCCCCUUCGAUAAGUGAAACGACUUCUGUCGGGCCUGCUUCUCCAAUGCUACCGGAGAGCACAGUCAUAUCGAACGAGUUCCUGUCACCUAUUAUACCGGAUGGUUACCGUCUAAACUCACCCUCUAUCACUUCUGAGCCGUUUGAUGAGAAGCAUGCACCUGUCUCGCCCAUGUCUGAAGCUCCCCCCGGUGGUGGCUCCGGGUCAUUGAAUAGAGAACCAUCAAUUCUGAGCUCAGGGGGUAGAAGCGAAGGACCCGCUUCAAGCAUCCUUAGCUCGACAACGCCAAUGAAUACGACGAAUGUUGACGACAGCGAAGAGCGAGUCCUCCGUGAAGCUGGCCUUCUCGGAGUUGACGGACCAGCAGAUUCGCCUAAUCCGUCUCCCAAGCUUGGAAAUGACGCCGAAAUCUCUGAGAAACAUGUUGAUGAAAAGUCUGACUCUAAUACAGACCAUCGUCUCAGCAGCCACCGCCGUAGCUUGCAGCGAACUCUGAGAGACUCACACCACAAACCAAAUCACCAACGCAGCAAGAAAGGUAGAGACUCUGCCUCCAGUAUCCCUCUUGUGGAUAGUCCUGCUGGCGGUGAAGGCGAGGGAUUGUCCAGGAAAGACGCCAACUUUACUUUGCACGGAAAGAAGGCUUCUGUUAUCACAUUUGGUUCUGAGUGGCAGAACAUUUCUGCAGAGGAGAGGCUGAAGUUGCGCAAACCUGCGGCAUCCGAAGAAGCCAGGGCGUCUGACACCAACCUCAUUCGUGACCCACGUGGAUCGAUCAGUUCUGCAUCGGUGCAUAGCGGUCGACCACAGUCAAUGCGCAGUGCCAGCACGGCGACUGCGCGGAGUUCUCGUUUUGUCGAUAGCAUAUCAGUCAACAACGGCAUUCCGGAGGUUCCGUCAAUGGACGUGCUAUUGAAAGAGGAGGAAGAAGAAGAAGAAAAGCAAAAUCAACAGGAGGCUAUUCCUUCUAAUAACGGCAAAGACGCUGAAUUUGCUGAACCGGCAAAUGCUCCAACGUCGACGACCUCAGCUACCACAGACGAAAUCCCCAGCGAAAACCUUGCCAGCCACGAUAAUGGAGAGUUGGUGGAACCAAUCUCCGGCCAAGAACAACCAAGACUGAACUCUCAUGAGCAAGCUGUUGGCGCAUGA